AUGGCCGCCGCCGGCCUGGCGUGGCUCGCGCUGGCGGCCGCCGGCGCGUGCCUGCUCCUGUGCGCGCGCGCGGCGCGGGCACGGCGCCGGGCGCGGCCCCGGCACGUGUGCGUGCUGGUGCUGGGGGACGUGGGCCGCAGUCCCCGGAUGCAGUACCACGCGCUGUCGCUGGCCCAGCGCGGCGUCCGCGUUACCCUGCUCGGCUUCCAGGGCUCCAAGCCCCACGAUGCCGUCCUCCGCUGCCGGCGAAUUAGGAUGACGCCCCUGGCCGAGGUGAAGGGGCCCCCAGCGGGGCCCCGGCUCCUCCGUUAUGCCGUCAAAGCCGCCCUCCAAGCCCUGCAGCUCCUCCGGGCCCUCCUGAAGAUGGAUCCCGCCGCCUACGUUUUCCUCCAGAAUCCCCCGGGCUUGCCCAGCAUGGCGGUCACCUGGGCGGUUUGCCGGCUGCGGGGCGUCCGGCUGGCCGUCGACUGGCACAACUACGGCUACUCCAUCCUGGCCUUGACGCUCGGACCCAGGCACCCCGUCGUAUGGCUGGCCACCUGGUACGAAAAGCUGUGUGGGCGUCUGUCCGACCUGAACUUCUGCGUGACGGACGCGAUGAGGGAGGACCUGGCGAAGAGCUGCGGCAUCAGGGCGGUGACCGUCUACGACCGGCCGGCCUCUUUCUUCAGGGAGACGCCUCUGGACGUCCAGCACGAGCUGUUCGUGAAACUGGGCCUCACUCUCGCCCCGUUCAGAGCGCGCGGGGAGCCCCCGGACCCGACCGGCCGGAGAUCCGCGUUCACGGAGCGAGACGCCCGCGGCGGGCGCGUGCGCCGGCUGGAGGGGCGGCCGGCCCUGUUGGUCAGCAGCACCAGCUGGACAGAGGAUGAAGAUUUUUCCAUCCUCCUCAAAGCGCUGGAACGAUUCGAUCGGUCGAGCCGCGAAGGGGCCAGCCUCCCAUCUCUGGUGUGUGUGAUAACAGGCAGAGGGCCUCUCAAGGACCAUUACAGCCGCAUCAUCGGUCAGCUGAGCCUCAAAAACGUCCAGAUCUGCACGCCGUGGCUGGAAGCUGAGGACUACCCCCUGCUCCUGGGCUCGGCCGAUCUCGGCGUUUGCCUUCACACGUCCUCCAGUGGCUUGGACCUGCCCAUGAAAGUGGUGGAUAUGUUUGGCUGCUGCUUACCCGUCUGCGCGGUGCACUUCCGAUGCUUACACGAACUUGUGAAGCACGAAGAGAACGGCCUGAUCUUUCAGGAUGCCGAGGAACUCGCAACUCAGCUGGAGACGCUCUUCUCGGGAUACCCCGGUCCUGCCGGCAGACUUCACCGGUUUCGUACAAACCUGCGGUCGUCCAGGCAGUUACGCUGGGAUGAGAGCUGGGAGCGAACGGUGCUCCCAUUACUUGACGAAUUGUGACCGUCGUCUCCCCCGUGCCGUCGGCGGGGCGACGAAGAACCGGCACCCGAGCGGUGCCCAGAGGGCCCCGUGUCGAGCGGAUCCGAUCCGAGGACGCCUCCCGGCUCCCUGGGAGUUGGAGCGCUGCCCCGAUCCCGGGGCCGGGAAUGGGAUUGGGAGGGAAGAGACGGUACCGGUGGCUCUCCGCUAGACGAGCCGCCACCACUGAAGUCAGUUCCUCCGGGCCGGUUCUCGGUCAGAAGCCCUUGACUUUCAUUCAUUCAUUCAGCCGUAUUUAUUGAGUGCUUACUGUGUGCAGAGCACUGGACUAAGCGCUUGACUUGAGGUUUGAGCCAACAGCGCUCGUCCUAGGAGUCUCCGGGCGCGGGACGUGAGAACCGACCCGUUUUACGACAGAUUUUGGGGGGUAUGUUAGUCAUGUACAGAACGGGAAGCUCAUUGAGCAGGGAACGGGGCUACCAACUCUCGGAUUGUACUCUCCCAAGUGCUUAGUGCUCUGGACACCAUAAAUGCUCAAUAAAUAAUAAUAGCAA